AUGUAUUUUUCAAACAACAAAAAGAAUAAUGUUCUUUAUUCAGUACCAUAUUUUGCACCUGGACAACAUGAAUAUCAACCUUUGAUGAAUGAUGAAAAGGAGAAUAAUAAAGACAAGUUAAUGUAUCCUAUUGGUGAAGGAUAUUGGGUUCACCUUGAACAAGAAGAAAUUAGUUCAAUUGUUUGUUCAUCAGUCUGGGGAUACAUAAUAUGUAUCAUUCAAUUGCUUGUUGGAAUAGUAUUAUUUUUGUUUUCUGGAUAUGGUUCAUUUUUCACUUUAGUAUUUGUAGCAAUGUUGGCUCAUAUAUUCAGUGUCUCUCUUGGAAUUUAUUCUAUUACUAAAAAGAAUGUUUUAUUAAUGUUAAAUUAUGCAGUAUAUUCUGUAGUUAUAUUUGCAAUUACAGUAGCUGUAUUUAUUAUUGCAACUAUUGUUUCAGCCGAAUCAUUUACAUGGUGGAUAUUUAUUAUUUGUCUAACUGUAAUCAACGUUCAAAUCUAUGGAAUCAAACAUUUAUUCCAACUUGCAAUGCUUCUUAGACAACUUCAAGGAAGGGAAGUCGAUCGUCUUACUGGCUUGCCACAGGUACAAAUCCCAAUUUCCAACAUUCCAACCUAUCCAUACCCAACAACUGUAAAUUAUACUCAACCAAUGCAACCACCUGCACAACAACAACAACAAACAAAUUCACAACCCAAUUAUUACCCAGGACUUUAUGCUCCACAAUAUCUUCCUACUCAACCAAUUGAUACCAAUAUGAUGAGAACUCAUCCAUACGAUCAACCAAAUAACUCGACGAAUGGUAUCGAUAGAAUGGGUUAUUAA